UUAACUGCAGCAAAUGACAAUUUGGGACGGUCAUUUCCUCGGUCUACCGAGUCUCGCGCUCGGCCUAGCUCAGAACCAGAAGGCUCAACUCCACACUCUCUACAGUAGCUCAUCACAGCCCAGUCGGUUCGGUUCUGGAUUUGCAAUCCAUGUGCGAUGAAAGUUAUUCCACAAUUAGUUUUAAUUGUAAUUUCGAGCUUCGUCCGUACGAGCAGUGGAAACUACUCCAGCGACGACCACCACGGUUAUGGCGAGAGUGUUUUAUCAGGUGGUGAAUUGUCCGGGCCCGGGGCGGUCAGGAAGCAGCGGUCGUCCGGUUUCGAGCGGGAUUUCGUGAUGAGCUCCAUCGAAUCCGCCAACUAUCCUGCCGAGCUGCACAUAGUCACGACCCGGGACGGUUACAUCCUCAAGGUGCACCGAAUUCCCGAUCCUGCCCUGCAAAACGAAAACGAAGAAGACGAAGAUAAAGAUGCCCCCGGGGACGAAAACGCGCCAACUCUCGUCGCCGCCGCCGACUUCCGGGGUGUGGUCCUGCUAAUGCACGGUCUGUUUUCCACGGCGGCCGAUUUCAUCAUAACGGGGCCGGAAAACGGGCUCGCAUUUAUCUUGGCCGAUGCCGGAUACGACGUUUGGCUGGCGAAUGCCCGCGGGACACGCUUCUCCCGGAAGAACCUGAACAUGGGUCCCAAGACGGCCGCCUUUUGGGACUUUAGUUGGCACGAGAUCGGAACCAUCGACCUGCCGGCCAUCAUCGACUACAUCCUGCGGCAAACUGGCCACCAGAAGCUGUUCUACAUUGGCCACAACCAGGGCGUCACGGCGGUGUUGGCACUGCUCGCGGACAAACCCAAGUACAACCGAAAAAUCCAUACCGUCGCAGGAAUGGCUCCACUGGCAUUCCUCGGCAACGGAGUCGAAAGUGGAAUCGCCCAAAAUUUAGUCAAGUUCAACGAUCAGCUUUGGGUCACCCUCAAUUCCCUGAACAUCUACGAACUAACCCCAUCGGAGAAGAUUUCAAAAUUCCUCGGCGGCUUCCUCUGCUCUGAGGACGCACCAACGAGUGAAAUGUGCUCCAACGUUUUGACGGAGCUUUUCGGGUACAGUGCCGAGCAGGCAAAGCUGUUGCUUCCCGGCGUUCUGGAUGUUAUGCUGACGGGGAUUUCCACCAAACAGCUGGUCCACUACGGGCAGCUGCUGCAAUCGAAAAAAUUCCAACAAUUCGACUACAAAAACUACCUAACCAACAUGCAACGGUACCGGCAGGUAAAACCACCAGAGUAUAACCUCUCCAAAAUUUCCGUACCCUUCACUCUUUUCUACGGAACCAAGGAUUUUCUAACGUCACCAAUGGACUUCCAAAAACUUACCAAGGAACUUCCGUCGUGCCGCACCCGCUACGAGCUUCCCAACUGGAACCACAUGGAUUUCAUCUACAACGCGCAAGUUUACCUCAAAGUUUACAGCAAAAUUCUGCAAACGAUGCAAAACGUUUCGACUGGGAUGUGAUAUUGCACGCUUAAUUUGACGUCAAAAAGAAACGCACAGUUUACAAUUACUCUAAACUUGAAACAGUUUAUUCUAAUCUGUAGGCAUAAAAUUGAAGUAUAUAAUGUGUGAAAACUCGUUUUCAUUGUGGCAUUUCGAAGUGACAAAACAACCAAACUAAUAAAGCAAUGAACGAAAGAUAC